AUGGACGAACAGUUCGGCGGUCGAACCGACGACGACCUGUUUGCAGACGAUUUUGAGCCCGUCCAGCCCGUCCAGCCACUGUCGCAGGCGGUUCCCCCGCCGGUGCCAUCCGCGGCCGCUGCGACGGAACCUGUCGCUCCAUCCUCAGCAAUACCCUUGACCGCAGCCUCGAGUACUCCCAAAGUCACGGCGAAGAACAGCGGCAAUGGCGGUCAUGGAGGUGCAGAUACACCCAAUGGCGCUGGUGGAAACGGCGCGCGACGCAACCGCGACCGCAAAUCCAAAGGCAACGGUGGCGGCAAUACGAACGGCAUCCAAAACCAAAGCCAACACCAAAGCCAAAAUCAUAACCAAAACCACAACCAUAGCAAUGGCCACGGCAAGACGGGCGGCGCACAGAAAGCGCAGGGAGUCAUCGCUGCCGCGCCGGCUGCUGGUAACUCGACGGCCGCCACGCCGGCCACGAAUACGCCCGAGCCAGCCAAGUCCGCUGUGCCGCCGCCCUCUCUUGCCCAGUCACGGCACAACCGACCACCAACGCCGCCAGCAACAGAAACACAAGUAGCAACACCCGCAGCAGCAUCAGCAUCUGCCACGACCAGCACCCCUGCGUCAACUGCCGCUCCCGCACAACAACCCAAGCCAAAACGGGGUGACAAGAACCGGAGAGCUGGAGGCAAUGGCAAUGCUCAAGGGAAGGACAAGGGCAAAGACGUACAAGGCAAGGCAUCGCCGGCACCAGCGAAGAAUGGACAGCAGCAGCCGCAAUCUGGCGAGCCACAGCCAAACCAAAAGCAACACGACAAGCCACACCCGAGGCAGAAGCAAGGGAAGCAGCCGCAGCCGCAGCAGCAGCAGCAGCAGCAGCAGCAGCAGCAGAAGCAGAAGCAGACACAAACAGCCAAUACGAAUGCAGGUACCGCCAAGAACGACAGCCGCGCAGGAACGCCCGCUGCUGGUACGGGAGCACCGGCGACCGGAACCAAGACGACGAGCAUCUUUACCAUCAAAGGCGCAGCCGCCGCCGAAGCUGCAGCCAAAGCGGCCAACGCGGCCAACCACACCGCCAAUGGCACCACAUCCACCCCGCCCCCUCCUGCCCCCAACACGCGCACGCAGUCCGGCGCCAACCCCCGCCAGAAACUCACCGAAGCCGAGCUCGACUCCAAGCUGAGCGCCAUGCGCCUGGCCUCCCAGGAAAAGACGCGCCGCUUCGAACAGGCCCAGCGCGACGAGCGCGACCACGACCUCGCGGUGGCCAAGGGCCGCGAGGAGGCCCGCCGCCGCAAGCAGCUCGAGGACGAGAAGCGCCGGCGCAGCGAAGAAGACCGCAAGCGCCAGGACGACGAGCGCGCGCGCAACCGCGACCGCAAACUAAAGGCCAUGGGCGUCAAGGAGGGCAACUGGGACGAGGGCAAAGACGGCAGCACCAAGAACAACAACAGCAACAACAACAGCAACAACAACAACAGUGAUCCGUCCCAUGCGGGCAGCAAGGGCGCGCGGUAUGCCGGCCUCUUGCCCAUGCCCAAUGCGUCGGCGGUCACGGCCAAACCAGAGCCGUCGCCGACGAACGGGGGCGGACAUGGCGGUGGACAAGGUGGUGGUCGUGGCCGGAGUGGACGGGGCCGGGGUGGACGCGGUGAACGGGGUGGCGGGCGUCGCAGCGGUGGCGGCGGCAACCACAACGGCCGCAUUCAAUUCAACGAUGCCGGCAGCAUUGGCGCCGACAUUGCCGAGUGGGUCCAUGGCACCGCCGAGCCGUCCAGCAUGGCCCCGCCGCCCAGUCCCGGGCCCAGCGACAGCGUGUUUCCGUCCUUGCCCGGCGCAAACGUGGCGGAUGGGGCGGCACCGCCGGCGGCGGCGUCUGUUGCUGUUGCUGCUGCUGCUGCUGUUGCUGCACGCCCUGCCGGGAAGGCGGAGAAGACGUAUGCCGAACGGGCUGCCGAGAGCGUUGCCAAGCCCGCAGAGGCCGCGCAGACGGAGACGCCCGACACCGCCGACGGGAAGAAGAAGCUCAACUUCCCGCCCCUGCCCAGUCUGCAGCCUCUCUCGCCCGCCAUUGGCACCUGGGACGAAGAGGUCGAAGAGGCCAUUGGCAACGGCACUGUCUAG